AUGGUGUUUGCCUAUAAUUCUAGAACAAAAAGGCUGAUGAUAUUUGUUGUCACGGUGACUAUCUGUGAUCUGGCUGCUGAGAACAUUUUGUGGACUAAGCUUUUAAGUCUCCUUUUUUCUUCAUCUUGCUGUUCUGGGGAAGAGUUAUCAUUCCUUUCUGUUUCUGAUGUAUGUGUAUAUGCCUGCAUCAGGAUGCAACGUAAGAAGGGCCAGUUCACUUCUGCCAAGAAGUGUGAGGAGUCUGCUAGCUACAAUACUGGUGAGGAUUCAGGACAAGAUGAUAGCCCACCAGAAACUAUAUGCACUCAUUGUGGCACUAGUUCAAAGUCCACUCCAAUGAUGCGCCGGGGGCCAGAUGGUCCAAGGACACUUUGCAAUGCAUGUGGGCUGUUCUGGGCAAAUAAGGUUGGUAUCUCCACUUGUGAUAUAGAAACCAUUUAGUUUUUUCUUCACUCU